AUGUCAUUCAAUCCUCUUUCUGCAAUUCUCAAAGAAAACAAACUCGAGGGCCAAAAUUACAUAGAAUGGAAACAAAAUUUGGACAUCGUUCUUACAGCUGAAGAGUACAACUUUGUGCCCCGCGACCUCCAUGCACAUAGAAAGUGGCAUAAGGCGAAUGAGAUGGCUAAGUGCUACAUGUUGGCAUCUAUGUCUUCAGUACUCAAGCAUCAGCAUUCUGCCAUGGAAACUGCCACUGAAAUUAUGCAGAAUCUCAAGAAUCUUUUUGGUACUCAGAAUCGAACGGCUAAGUCUCAAACCUUUCGGAGUAUCAUGUCGAAGACAAUGAAGGAAGGCUCGUCUGUGAGGGACCAUGUCCUCGAGAUGAUGGGCCACCUCAACCAGAUUGAGGUGUUAGGAGGGACGAUCGAUCCCGAGUCCCAGGUAACAAUCAUCCUUCAAAGUCUUCCCCCUAGCUUCCAGCAGUUCAAGCUCAACUUUGAGAUGAACAAAAUGAAUUACACCUUGGCAGAACUAUUGACUGAACUUCAGUCAGCAGAGGACCUUAUGGUC